AUGAAUCAUCGUCUCGCCGGAAUAAUUAGCCCGCUUGGCCACAUUACCACUGAUCCUUUUCGAUCCUCCGCUAAGCCUCCGUUACCGGUUUAUAGCCAAACCACAAUUAACCAUUUGAAAUCUCUGACCGGUCUCGAAGUUUCACCUGGGCUCACCAAUCAAGAGAUCUCAGCCGUUGAAUCUUCUCUUGGUUUCUCCUUCCCUCUUGAUCUCCGCUCGAUUCUUCAAGCGGGUCUUCCGGUGGGUGCCGAAUUCCCCAAUUGGCGAUCCGGGUCGACCCGGAAUAGUCUCUUUUUCUUAUUCAAAUUCCCUCUUCUUCAUGUAAGCAAUAUUGUUAUCAGAAACGGAUUCUGGGUCGAUUCAUGGGGAACCCGACCCGGAUCCGACGCGGAGGCUAUGUCUCUCGUGAAGAAACUGAUGGAAAUCGCUCCGGUUCUCGUUCCGGUCUACGGCAAUUUCUACGUCCCUUCGACGACGCCGAAUUUAGCGGGAAAUCCCGUGUUUCAAGUCGACGGCGACGGAGUUAAGGUUCUGAGCUGCGACGUCGUCGGAUUUCUCCAGGGACUGAACCGAGCGGAGUAUCGACGUUGUUCGCGACAACGGAGAGUGGAGUUUUGGAGUGACGUGGCGGAGAGAGGGAGUAAGACGACGGUUAUGGCGGUGGAGCGUGUUCCCACGCGCGGGUGGUGGAGCGGUUGUGACGAUGAGAGGCUAAAGGCGUGUUUGGACGACGCGUUUUGGAAGCUGAGAGAAGCUGGAUGGACGGACGACGAGGUUCGCGAUAUGAUGAUGAUGGACGGCGUACGUCGAGACACGUGUGACUCGACGGAGCACACGUGUGAUGGGAUUGACGAAGGGGAGCGAGACAAGUGUACGGAAGAAGAAGAAGAUGAUCAGAAGAAACUCAGUGAAGUGACUACGUUAAGACAUUUGCUGGUUACUCAAGAGCCGUGA